UUUGCGCCCACAGUGGCUAAAAGCUCAGCUCAGAUCCAUCUUCAUACAAAACCCUCACUCCUUCCCUGUUCUCAAAUCCACCUGCAAACAUUUCUCCAAACAAAAAUGUCUCAUGAUCAUUCCGAUUCCGUCUUCGCCAACAUCACCCGAGCACCUGAAGAUCCUAUCUUAGGGGUUACUGUUGCUUACAACAAAGAUUCAGACCCAUCAAAAUUGAAUUUGGGUGUAGGUGCUUAUCGAACUGAGGAAGGAAAACCUCUGGUUCUGAAUGUAGUAAGACAAGCAGAGCAAAAGCUUGUGAAUGAUCCGUCAAGGGUUAAGGAGUAUCUUCCCAUUGUUGGACUUGCAGAUUUCAAUAAAUGUAGUGCCAAACUCAUUUUUGGUGCUGAUAGCCCUGCCAUUCAAGAGAACAGAGUUGCUACUGUGCAAUGCUUAUCUGGUACCGGCUCAUUGAGGGUUGGUGGAGAGUUUCUUGCAAAGCAUUAUCAUGAACGAACGGUAUACAUUCCACAACCAACAUGGGGUAACCAUCCAAAAAUCUUUACGUUAGCAGGAUUGUCAGUGAAGUCAUACCGCUACUAUGAUCCCGCAACACGUGGGCUUGACUUCCAAGGACUUCUGGAAGAUCUUGGUAAUGCUCCAUCGGGAGCAAUUGUCCUCCUUCAUGCAUGUGCUCACAAUCCCACAGGCGUUGAUCCGACCAUCGAGCAGUGGGAGCAGAUCAGACAGUUAAUGAGAUCAAAAGCAUUGUUACCUUUUUUCGACAGUGCAUAUCAGGGUUUUGCCAGUGGCAGCCUCGAUGCAGAUGCACAGCCUGUUCGCAUGUUCGUUGCAGAUGGUGGUGAAUGCUUUGCAGCUCAAAGUUACGCGAAAAAUAUGGGACUCUAUGGGGAACGUGUUGGAGCCCUUAGCAUUGUUUGCAAAACAGCCGAUGUUGCAAGCAGGGUAGAGAGCCAACUUAAACUUGUUAUUAGGCCAAUGUAUUCCAAUCCACCUCUUCACGGGGCAUCUAUUGUUGCAACUAUACUCAAGGACAGUAAUUUGUACAAUGAGUGGACGGUUGAGCUGAAAGCAAUGGCUGAUCGGAUCAUCAGCAUGCGAAAGCAGUUAUUGGAGGCCCUACAAGCAAAAGGAACACCUGGUGAUUGGACUCACAUUAUAAAGCAAAUUGGAAUGUUCACAUUCACUGGACUAAAUGCUGAACAAGUUGCUUUCAUGACGAAAGAAUAUCACAUCUACAUGACUUCUGAUGGGAGAAUCAGCAUGGCUGGUCUCAGUUCAAAGACUAUCCCUCAUCUUGCUGAUGCUAUGCAUGCUGCUGUUACCAGUAUGGCUUAAACCAACUCUACUUGUUUGCCUUUCUCGUUUCGCACCAUAUCUUGUAGAAACUUUAAACAAAUUUCUUUUCGGGUUUGAAGUUCAAGCCACUUUUUUAAGGCUUUACACAUUUCUUUAAGCCGACAUGCUUACAACCUAAUGUGAAACUUGAUUCACAUUACAUAAAAGAAGUUCACUUUGUUUGCUUAG